GCAAGCAAAGGCAGUAGCAUGCUAACUGGUGUCGGAACUUGCUACUCACCUGAGUGAGUUCCAGCAAAAAAAUCUGUUACUCACCCACUAGCAAUCCAAACAGACACUGAUCUGCAGGUUGCAGAAAAUGGAGGGAGCACUUGUCACAUCUAACUUCACCAUGUCAGAUCUCUACCCAUCCAAAGCCAAUGUUGUUCACGGUUCAAGAUCAAGGAGGCUCUCGUACAUCUCCCCUGUCGCCUCUUCUGCUGCUGCACCGAACUCCGGCUACAGAAGGAAGAAGAGCACAUCGCCGCCGCCGCCGUCGGCUGCCGCCACCGCCACCGUCCUCACGUCGCCGCCGAAGCAAGUCGAGCAACAAGAGCGAGAGGAGCGCUACGAGCCUAGGACAAACAAUGCAACUGCAACAAAAGUCGCUACCGCGAGAACAAGCAGGGCACCUGACGCUCCAAGGCAGCAUGUUCGGUCGUCUCGGCCUCGUCGCCGACCUGCCGCCUCGCUGCCGGUGGCGUUCUGCAACGCGCUGGAGGAGGCGAUCAACACGUUCGUCGACCCACCGGUGCUGCGGCCGUCGGUGGACCCGCGGCACGUGUUGUCCGCCAACUUCGCGCCCGUGGACGAGCUGCCGCCCACGCCAUGUCCCGUCGUACGCGGCACCAUCCCGCGCUGCCUCGCCGGUGGCGCCUACAUCCGCAACGGACCCAACCCGCAGCACCUCCCGCGCGGGCCGCACCACCUCUUCGACGGCGACGGCAUGCUGCACUCCCUGCUCCUCCCGGAGUCGUCCGACUCCGACCCCAUCCUCUGCUCCCGCUACGUGCAGACGUACAAGUACCUUGUGGAGCGCGACGCGGGCGAGCCGGUCUUGCCCAACGUCUUCUCCGGCUUCCAUGGCCUGGCCGGGAUGGCGCGGGGCGCAGUCAUGGCGGCCAGGGUGCUGACGGGCCAGAUGAACCCGGUGGAGGGCGUGGGGCUCGCCAACACCAGCCUCGCUGUCUUCGGCGGCCGCCUCUACGCGCUCGGCGAGUCGGACCUCCCGUACGCCGUGCGCGUCGACCCGGCCACCGGCGAGGUGACCACGCAGGGAAGGUGCGACUUCGGCGGCCGCCUCAGCAUGGGCAUGACCGCGCACCCCAAGAAGGACCCCAUCACCGGCGAGCUCUUCGCGUUCCGCUACGGCCCCAUGCCGCCCUUCGUCACCUACUUCCGGUUCGACCCGGCCGGGAACAAGGGCGCCGACGUUCCCAUCUUCUCUGUCAAGCAGCCGUCCUUCCUGCACGACUUCGCCGUCACGGAGCGGUACGCGAUAUUCCCGGAGAUACAGAUCGUGAUGAACCCGAUGGGCAUGGUGGUGGGCGGUGGCGCGCCCGUGGGCGCGGACUCCGGCAUGGUGCCCCGGCUCGGCGUGAUCCCCAAGUACGCCGCGGACGAGUCGGAGAUGCGGUGGUUCGAGGUGCCGGGGUUCAACAUGAUGCACUCGGUGAACGCGUGGGAGGAGGCCGGCGGCGAGGAGAUCGUGAUGGUGGCGCCCAACAUCCUGUCCAUCGAGCACGCGCUGGAGCGCAUGGAGCUGGUACACGCCUCCGUGGAGCUGGUGCGCAUAAACCUCCGCACCGGCAACGUCACGCGCAUGCCGCUCUCGGCGGGGAACCUCGACUUCGGCGUGAUCAACCCAGGCUGCCUAGGCCGCCGCAACCGCUACGGCUACUUCGGCGUGGGCGACCCCAUGCCAAAGAUCGGCGGGGUGGCCAAGCUCGACUUUGAUCUUGCCGGCGAGGGCGACUGCACCGUGGCGCGACGGGACUUCGGGCCGGGGUGCUUCGCUGGGGAGCCGUUCUUCGUCCCCGACGACGUCGAGGGCAACGGCAACGAGGACGACGGCUACGUGGUGUGCUACGUGCACGACGAGGGCACCGGCGACAACCGGUUCGUGGUGAUGGACGCGCGGACGCCCGAGCUGGACAUCGUCGCAGAGGUGCAGCUGCCCUCCCGUGUCCCGUACGGCUUCCACGGCCUGUUCGUCACGCAGGCCGAGCUCCGGUCACAGCAGCACCAUUGAUCAUCACAAACACACCGACGCGUCCGAUGUUUCCAUUGAUCGCGCUCGUGCUGUACAAUACACCAGCAUUAUGCUGCAUGAAAUAGGUCAUGAAUAGGAUUCCAUGACAUACACAUAGGAGAAAUAGGUGAUGUAUAUACUUUGUAUUCCAUUAUCGGGCAAGACCCUUUACAGUUCUACAA